UUCCUCCUUCUUCCCCCUCUCGUUUCUUUGCUUUUCUCUCUUUAAAGCUCCCUGGUCUCUCUGAAGAAGAAGCAGCCCUUCUUCUUCUUCUCCUUCUCCUCCUUGUUUCCCCUUUCCUUCCUCCUCUCCUCGGGAAAAAUGGAGGCUCUCCUUCUCCUCUCUCCUCAGCCUCUGGCUGCCAAGGAUUGGGCUUUUUCUCCUUCGCCUUCUUCUGGCUUGGAUUUGGUUUCACUUACCAGCAACGACGCCUCUCCUUCUUCUCCUUCUCAUCUGGCCCUAAUUUUCACUCUCUUUCUAGCCUGGGCUGUGCUUUUUGAUGUUGUCAUGGAUGAUGAUGAUGAUGAGUCCUGUCUCUUUGAUCUUAUUGGAGAUACACAGGCACUGAAUUAUUUCCUCCAUGGAGCAGGCAGUAAAUCUAAUAACGAAGACUUGACUAAUGCAGGAUACUCUGCAGCCAACUCAAAUUCCAUUUUUGCCAAUGCUAGUAGCUCUGACCCUAAGUCAUCAAUCAAAGGUGUGAGUGGUCAGCUUGGAGAGGGGCCUAGUGAUGGACUACAGUUGCCAAGUAGCCUUCAGUUUCUUGAUGAUGAACUUGAAUCUUCUCCAUUGCCUGAUCUCAGUGAAGAUCAGCCAUUUGAUAUCCUCCAGAAAUCUCUACAGGAAGCUAAUAUUACUGAACAGACUUUGGCAGAAGAGGCUUAUCUGGAUGCCAACAUAGGCUCCAACCAACAGUUUGCACAAACUCAGCUUCAUCCUUCCUCAUCAGCAUCUUUUACUCAGGCUUCUAAUGUUUCUAAUUACUCAGGUCAGACGCUGCAACCUAUAGGAGUUACUCAAGUGGUUCAGCAACCCGUUGGAGCAUCUUUCACAAGCAAUACAGUUGGUGUGCACCAUGGCUUUAUGCAACAUGUGGGGAUCAGUGUUCCCAGCCAGCAUUUGUCAAAUAGUAGUCAGAUUGGUGGUUCUGGACAGAUACAACUAAUUGGUUCGUUUAGUAAUCAACCUUCCAUGAUGACCAUCAAUAAUCUUGACGGAUCUCAUAUUAUAUUGAAGGGUAGUGGGCAGCAAGCACCUGCAAACAUGAGUGGUGGACUCUUGGUUCACAGACAAACUCCUAAUGGUAACACAUUGUUUGGCAACUCAAAUUCAAGUCCAGUAGCACAACCUGUAACUGUUCCAUUUAAUAGUACAAAUUUUCAAACAUCUUUGCCUGUGCAUAACAUCAUUAUACAGAGGGGCCUUGCUCCAAAUUCUAACAAAGUUCCUAUCAAUAUUCAACCAAAGCCUAUUCAGAUGGGUCAACAAACCACCUACAAUGUGAAUAACUUGGGAAUCCAGCAGCAUCAUGUGCAGCAAGGAAUUCCUUUUGCUUCAUCAAACUCACCUCAGAAUUCAGUUGUCGGUCCACACAUGUCUGUUAAUAUUGUUAGUCAACAAAACUCAAGAAAAUCAGUUACCCCCCAAACAGUAAGCAAUGCCAGUGGUAGUAUUGUUAUCCAUUCUCCAAUGGGACAGUCUCAUGCACCUCAGAAUCAGUUUCUUAUACCCACAAGUCUGUCAGUAAAUCCUAAUUCAGUUCACCAUGUCCAGACUAUAAAUGGACAGCUUCUUCAAAAUCAGCCUUCCCAGCAUGUUUCUAGUCAAGUAUCUACUGAUCAUGUUAUGAUAAACAGGAACUCUGCAAAUAUGCUAAGAACUAACCAGUCAUAUUCAGGACAGAUGCUGAAUAAUCAGAAUGCUGUUCAGCUAGUUUCCGGUCAGACGUUUUCAGCACCUGGAAGUCAAGUUAUAGUAAACCACGGGACUUCUCAAAUUGUUAGUGGCCAGGUUCCACUACAACAGGCAUCUCCUGGUGUGUUACAUUUAUCCCCUAGCCAAGGAAACAUUUCCCAAAGUAGAACGAGCUUUACCACCAUGUCUCCUGGACAGUCAACCAGUUCAAACAGCCGAUUUACUGCUGUGAGUUCUUCUGCCACAGCACAUCCCAGCAUUGGGCCCGCAGCCCAGACUGUUGCUUCAGGAGGAAAUUUUGCUGGUGAUCAACUUACACAGCAAAAUAGAAUGCAGUUGGCAGUCAGUGUUUCACAUCGUCUUCCAGUUUCUUCUUCCAAGUCUGUCAACACCUUUAGUCACACAUCAACCCAACCACAGUUUUCCUUUUCCCAGGCUCAAAAAAAAGUUACAAACCUGACCUCUUCAGGUUCAUCAAAAUCACAGGAUAGCCUGAGACAACCUCAGCUAACAAGUCUUCUAGGACAAGAUUCAGGGGGCAAAACAAUACAACAAUCUGUAGGAACAGCUCUGCCACAUCAAGAAAAAGCAGGAGGACCAUCUCAUGUCCAGCCAAAUAUGCAGGUGGAUGGUCAUACAAUAGGACAAAAGAGACCUGCUGCUAAACAGCUAACAAAAGGCACCUUUAUUCUACAACAGUUGCAGAAGGACCAGACACAUGCUGUAACCCCUGAUAAAAGUCAGUUUAGAUCUUUAAAUGAUGCAGUCCAGAGACUCCUCUCAUAUCAUGUGUGCCAGGGAUCCUUGCCAACAGAAGAAGACUUAAGAAAAGUCGAUAACGAAUUUGAAUCUGUAGCCACACAGCUUCUGAAAAGGACCCAGGCUAUGUUAAACAAAUACAGAUGUCUGCUCUUGGAAGACGCAAUGAGGAUAAACCCUUCUGCAGAAAUGGUCAUGAUUGACAGGAUGUUUAACCAGGAAGAAAGACAAUCUCUGUCCCGUGAUAAACGUCUUGCAAUAGUUGAUCCUGAUGGUUUUCUGACAGAUUUUUGCUGUCCUUCCACACAAUUUGACAAGAUUACUGAUGAAACACAGCCUAGUGCAAGUGAUCUUCAAUCAAGUAAACUUUUAACUUCUCAGAAGCAGACCCAAAUUAGAGACAGAUCAAGUUCAAGCACAGCAGAAUCUUUAAAUCACAACAAACUUCAUGUAGUGCCUAACAAUAUUGUGAGUCCACGACAAGGAAACAUUUCUGUUAAAAAAUCAGAAGGCCUCACAAAAGCUUUAAAAUUUGAAAAAGCAAGCUGCUCUCCUGAAAGCCAACAUAUGGCUGCUUCUGAACAAAAAAUGACUGGUAAAGACUUUGACAGGGUGAAUGAAAACUCCUUAAGUUCUGAAGAUCAUUCAUCCAAAACUUUAUCAAGUGCAGAACAUGGUACGCAUAGUAAAACUUGUAGAAAUACAGUUGAUACUCACUCAGAAACAGCAUAUAAUCAUUCCCUCCAAGACAAAAUGCCUCGGAGUUCUCCAAAGAAUGAGGAUCUACAUCCAGACACCUUGAAAGACUCUGGGAAAACCCCAAAGGAUUUGCUGCUGAAUAAGGAUUUAGAGAAUAAAUUCAAAAACAUAGUGGAAAUGAAAAAGUCUGGGAGGCAGCCACAGAAUGAGGCAGAGGGCAGUGGCUCUUUAGAAUUAGAAUAUCCAAACUUUUCACUUAUCAGUUCACAAGAAAAUUGCCUGGAGAAAUUUAUUCCAGAUCACAGUGAAGGUGUUGUAGAAACUGAUUCUCUUUUAGAAGCCGCUGUAAAUAGUAUCUUAGAGUGUUAAUAGUUGCAGUACCAUGGACAUAUUUCUUUUAGAAGCAAAUGUGAAUGACACCACAAGUACAGCCUGGCGUAUGUCAAAGGUUACCCUUUCUAAAGUUACUCUGUUCUGUGUUUGAGAGCAAUACUCAUUCUGGUUACAGUGAGAGAUUCAGUAAUGGGUAAAUGUUAAGAGAACACUAUGGUAAGCUUGUCUGCAUUUAAACAUAAAAUAAAAUAUGGUCUUGCAUUAUGAGAAUGAGUCUCAGUGAGCCACAGACUUGUGUACUCUGGUCUCUUUCACUACAUAAUUAUAGCACUGUUCUGCUUGAACUGCCAUGGCAGUGGUCUAUAGAAUCCUGUUUCUCCCUCUUGGUUUGGUGAGGCACUAAGUUCUCUUGAAGAGAAUCUAAAUACCCCUCCCUAAACUGCAAAUCCCAGGAUUCUGGAGGAUAUUACCAUGGCAGUUAGAGGAAAAUAGUACCACUAUUGUGUAGUGUGAAAGGGCCCUAAGUAUGGUUACAAUGAAGAGAUGAGAAUCUGCAUUUAUUUUUGAUUAAUAGUACUUUAGCAUGCCAUCAGAACCAUAACCUGCACAAAUCUUCUAUGGAUAGUUGAAACAUACCAGCCUCAUAACAGUGUUAGACAUUGGCUUGUUUCCACUAACUAUAGUUUAGAUUAACCACAAUUUUAUCAAGGUUUAGGUGACACGGUAAGCCAUGGUUAAUGAAGCAAAAGUUGAACUCUUUAUUGUAUGGUUUAGCAUUACAUCCAAAACAGCCCAUUAUGAUACUGCUUGUGCUAAAUGUUUCACUGUUACAUCUUAAAACGUCAGUUCAUUUGGCCCUGUGUAACAAGGUAAUAUACUGACAAUCACAGUCUAGUAACAAGUUUGUGAAAUGUCAAAAAUUUACAUUUAUUAGGGGAAAAAACCCAUGCUCUUCAACUACCUGCAUCCCUUUUAAAAUAUGUGCUUGAAACAUCCACAGUACCUCUGUUUAGAAAUGCCUAUCUCAAGUUUAGAAAGAGAGAAAAAAUGAAGGAACAAAAUUGUCAUCAGAAUGUUUACAGGGCUUCAUACUUCAGGUGAUGUUCUAUUGCUUCAUGAGCAGAAAUGAAUACAUUACAGAAUAAUUCAGUCUAUGGAAAAUACCAUAAAGUUUUAGUCACUGCAGCAUGACAGAAGAUAAUGCAUGCUAGACUAAGCUAAGAGAUGGAAAAUGGUGAAGGAAGAGGCUAUGAUGCAGCCGUGAAAUUCUAUAUAGACACAAACAGUUUGUCAAGAAAGUUGCUUCCAUUUUAUAAUUGGAUUUAGGGGUGAAAGAGAUGGCCUUGAUGGAGUGGCUUGGAGCUGCCCCAUUUAGGCUGACUUGGGGCCGUGGCAAACAGAAGCAUGGCCCCAAUCCAGCCAGUUUCUGCCUCAAAUAGAUUUGGGGCCAAAAAAGCUGCCCCUUUACUUCUGGAGCCGGCAUUUUGCUGGCUCUGGGGUGUGUGGUAUCUAAACACCAUGCCCCUAAGCCAGCAGGAAGCCAGCUUUACUGGGCUGUCUGUUUCGGCCCAAAGUCAAACUAAGUAGUAUAAAGGUUUGUUUUCUAUAUCAAAUAUCACAAGCACUUUUAUUUGAACAUUGUGUUGUUACAGUAGUAAUUUAUAUUUUAGAAGAUAUUAGCCUUAAUCCAAACAAUUUCAAGGCCUGUGUUGCUUUUUGCCUUUUUCUACUUCUUAUUCAAGAAUGUUAAUCACCUACAGCGGCAGUCAUAAUUACCAAAAUAAAUACAAACCAAAGUUGAUCUGCUAUCCCAUUAAAAUGUAUCUAUAUCUAUAUCUAAAAGCAUAUAAUUCAUAAUCUAGAGCCAAAGGAGCCCCUUGCAUUGUAGCAUUUGGCUGCUGGUCAUGUUGAACUUUAUUUAUUAAUUUAUGUCAUUCUUCUAUGCUGCCAUGCUGUAUUUGUUUUAUUAUGUAAGCCUACUUCUGUGCUGCUAGGUACAUUGGAUUUGUGCUGUUAAUAUGAGGGAUGUAGCAUGCUUGGCUGCUCAAAAAAACAAGAGGUGUGUGGUUUGUAAGGCAGUUUCUCUGUCACUUUCUGUAACUUCUUAUGUAUAUUUUCAAUAACAUAUGAAGCUGACUUCAUAAUAGCCUGGAGGGACAAUAGCCCUGAUUCAGUGGCUCCUUGUAUAUACACAGAGGUUCUGAAAUAUGUUAUUUGCCCAGUACUGAUAAGAAUGGGGAAUUCCCUUUUGCAUUAAAGCUGUGGAGCUUUGUGCUUCACAGUGCAGCGACAAUGACAAACUGUGGUUGUCAGUCAGAUUGCCAGAAUGCCCAGAAAAAAAAAAGGGGGGGGGGGCUGAGUUGCGCUUUCUUUACUCCAAUUGGUUUGAAAGAGCUACCUACGUUCUGCUCUUUUAACACAGAACUUCAUGACCACUGUGUUGUGACAGCAUCGCUAUGGAAUAAUAAAAAUAAUCAAAGUCAAGAGAAUAGUAAUAUCAUUUAAUGUUCGGUCUGCACUUACCUGGAAUAGAAAUAUAGAGAGUCUUAUUUUGCAUUCAUUGCUACUUUUUAAAAGUGUCCCAGUUUUAAAAUUACACACUAGCAAAACUUUAUAUUCCUUGGUGACUGUUUUUUGAAAUGGCGACUUGGCAUUGUCACUGGUUCAUUUUUGUACGCAGGGGCUUUGGUACGUAUCAGUGAUACAGACAGUGCGGCCAUAACUUUUUGUUCAAGAUUUUGUAAAGGAGUUAACUGUAACCAUAAUGAGAUGUCUAGGCAAGCAGAGCGUAUGUUACACCAGUUACAUAAAUUGAUUGAACUCAUAUCUGGUUGGAACUGUGAUAAAUUUGAGGCACCUUCAGAGACCCUCCUUCUUUUGGUUUUACCUGGGAGUGUAAAGAUUCCACCAUCUGUACAGAAUAUUCUCGAACCUAAAUACCAAAACAAAACCUAUACAUUUGGAAUUUUACGUGAAAAUUUACUUUUAGAUAAAUUUUAGCCAAGACAUCUGAAAUGCACUUCAUUGAUGUGAAAUGAAUCAUAUCUGUAUUUAUCUCAGUAUUUUAUGCUGGGAACCCACUGAACAAAGUUCAACUAAAUUAACCCGGGUAGCUAAUGUAUUUUAUUUAUUAAAUUGAACUUGAUUAUAGAGCUCUGAAUAUUUUAAUUGGUAAUGCAGUAAAAAUAUUUUUGUUUGUUGUAAAAAAAAAAGUGUGAAUUCAUUAUGCAGCCCAUGGUCCUGAAGCCAGUGAAGGCCAUUUAUUUGUGCUUACCUGCUUUGUAGGAAUGGUCUCUUGACUUCCUGGAUGUCUUUCCAUAUUGUCUAAGGUGAAAACAAAAUUUUGGCUGCCAACUUUGAAAUCUAUCUGAUUCAAGAAGGUCAGCAUAAUUGAUCUGUUAAAUUUGGGAGGCCUUACAGACUGACUUUACUGAAAGAGGAUGUGUCACUUAUUGUCAGUGUGGUAUGGACUUUAUUUGCUUAAAUACUUUCAUUUGUAUAGUAUGUCUCACUUGAAAUUGCUUUGUAUACA